AUGUUCCCGAUGGGCACCACUUGCAAGCGUAUGAGCAGUGCGCAGCCGGAAAUAAAAUUAUCGAAUUUUGAAGAAGCACUGCGAGCGCCAGCAGCAGCAGCCGUAGUUGCUGACAAACAACCACCACCGUCCGAACAACUGGGAACUGCGAAGAUGCCGCCGAGCACGCCUCCGGAAAUGCCAGUGCCACCCGUUCGCAGGGUGCACGCCUUCCCAACCUCCUCCCUCCCACGCCCCGCCCUCGCAGACAGAUUCAUUGGAACCGAUCCAACAACGCCGUCUGCAAAUGUGGGCACACCGCCAGCAACAUUUAGCGCACUCCUGAAUUGCUGCAAAAUGAGGCGUACUUGUGAAUGA